AUGGUAUGUACUCAGCAGUUUAGUGGCUUUUUGCAGCUGAUGAUGGGAGGCCGAGGAGUUAUUGGUGAUAAAUGGUCCUCAAAAAUUCUUUGGGCCUGUGCUAUUGGAAGUGUAGUCAGCCUGUAUAUGGUUGUUGUUGAAAGACAAUUACAAAACAGAGAACGGAUGAUGGCUGAAGGUUUAAAGACUAUUGACACGGAAGCAGGCACCGGUGACAACGCUUAA